CAGACAAUUGGAUCUCAUGGAUGGCAAAAGCGAUUAUGUGAAGUUCUCCCAGGAGAGAUUCUGGUUGGAUGUCCCAUCUGAGAAGCUACGCAGAGCUGGAAGAGGAACUCAAACUGAGCAGCAGCAACCUGAUGAGCCAUGGCUGGUACCAUGGACACAUCCCCUGGGAGGUGUCAGAGACUCUGGUGUUGCACCAUGGGGACUUCCUCAUCCGAGACUCUCUCUCCAGCCUGGGGGACUAUGUGCUGACCAGCCGCUGGAACCACAACACCCACAACACCCUGCACUUCCUAAUCAGCAAGGUCCAGUGAGACCUACACCUGGGUCCAGUACACCUUGGAGGGAGAGGCCUUCCACUCUGUGCCAGCUUUGGUUCACUUCUAUGUGGGGAACAGGAUGGCUUUGACUCAGCAGAGUGGGGCUCAGAUCCACAGUCCUGUUAAUCGUACACUACCACUACACUACCUGGAGGCAGCCUUCGCCCUGGCCAACCACAAGGGCUGUCUGAACUCUCCCUUUUGUCAGAGAGGGGCUCUGGCCAACCUUAGGGCUGUCUGAACUCUCCCUCCUGUCAGAGAGGGGCUCUGGUCAAGAGCUGGAGUGGGAAUGUGACGGACAAGA